GGGGGUAAAGAGGUGAAGGGGAGGAACAAGAUUGGAGGAAUGGAUGAGAGGAAGCAAUAGCUGGGAUGGGACUGGGUGGAGAAAUGACCAGAGGAAGGUAGAAGCUGGGAUGGGGAAAAAAGGGAGGGAAUAAGCCUGGAGGGAGGGGCGGAGUUUAAGUGAGUCCUAGGGCCCAGAGAGCCCCUCCCUCAGACUCCUUGAGUCUCCUGGAGCAAAUAAAUCUUGGCCAUUGACUCAGUUUCCCCAUGGUGAAAAGGGGAAUUCAAGAUUUCAUAGUUGUCUGGUCCUUUUUGUUUUCCGUGAAUCCCUCGUUCGGGUGCACGGAAGCAGGGAGGACAUAGGGACAGCAGCAGGUGUCCUUCCGCUUCCUGGAUUUCGCCUGUGACUCCCUGCCUGGGCUCCCCAGCUCUGGACUCCCCAUCCUAAUGGCGUCCCUACUGAUGCUGUUGCUCCUGCUGCUAUCGCCGCCGCCAGUCCAGCCACAGUAUGAAGACGCCUGCAGAUGGCAAGUGGCACUCAACAAGUACGAAACCUUAGGAAUGGGUGGUGAAAAGUUUUUCUUGCAGCAACCAGUUUCCAUUAUUGAUAAAUUCUUCAGGAAACUAGUGGAUUCACCCAUCGACCACAAAGAGAAUUAUGUGGGAUUCCCUUACUACAUGAAGAUUAACUUCACCUGCCCUGGAGAGACUCCAGAAGCCUUUGUCCGUGGGGGUUUCCUUAAGGGCAUGAUCCCUCGUGUACGGGUCACCUUCUAUCCCCCUGUGAAUUUCCGGAGGUGGAGAUCAGAGAGGCUGCAAAUCCAGAUGGAGGGAGCACCAUUUCAAAUCCGGGCACAAUGUGGACCCUAUACCAUAUGUAAUGUGAAUUGGUACACCCCAAUGCCCAUGAAGAAUGGCAGUGUAAUGAUGGAAGUUGAAAUCAUCAGCAACAACCAGGGGGAGAUCAUUAGUAAUGGCAAGUUCAUGAUAAAUAUCAAUGGGUUUCUGAAAAAAAAGAAGGACAAACUGAGUUUUUCCCUGGGAGAGGAGGUCAGUUCCAUCAUGCACAGACACUUCCUUAAAGCACCAUCUAGGCCUGUGUGGGCUACAUUGGAACAGGCUCCUGUGCUAAUCCUUGGGGGCAUUCCAAAUGAGAAAAUGGUUCUUAUCUCUGACUCUAGCUUCAAGGAUUUCUCCCUGGUGGAGCUGAACAUCGACAGCUGCUGGCUGGGUACUCUUCAGUGCCCUCAGGAGGAGUUCACGGCCUCCAUCUUUGAUGCCAUCGCCACUGAAAGUGUCCUCUUCAUCAGACAGAACCAACUUGUCUACUAUUUCACUGGCAACUACUCCCACUUACCUGGAAAAGCAACUGACAGCUGGGUCAGAGUCUUGAACAAACGGUGUAUCAAGAAACUUUGUCCUGUGGAACUUCACAGCAAUGGCUCUGAGUACAUCGUGGCCGUGGCUGGGGGCAAUGAAGAGGGCUUCUUCCACUUUGGAACCAUCACAGAUGCCACAGUGACCUUUAAGCAGUUUCCUGUCUCGAGUUCGAUAUGUGAUAUAUUCAAAGCCCCAGUGUGCAGGAUCCACUGGGUGACGUAUAACACAGAGGAACACAAGUUCUUGCUUCUCAUGGAGAUGGGCCAAAGCAACCAGGCAACAUUCAAGAUUUUUGAGUACAUAGUACUACCUAAAGGCUCCAACAUAGAUGCAAUCAAUUUGCUUUUUACCAUACCCCGUUAUAUCCCCGCGAGUAUCAACAAGGAUUUUGUGAUGCUGCUGGCCAUGGAGAAGUACACUGCCUACCCCCUGGUGCCCAAGGGUCUAUUCUACAAUCCUUUCUCCCACAUGCUGUUCAUUUGGGGCAAUGCUAUUCUGCAGAGCUUUGACAAUAUAGAUUUUAUUUACUUGUCCAAAUUCCCCAAGGAGUCAACAGUAAAGUACACAACCAGCUCCUACCAUGGAGAAAUGAUCUUCGUCACCGAGAAUGAGGAGAUCUGGUUGGUUUUUGAAAAAAGCUUUGAGAUACGUCGUCUGUACCCAUCAAGUGGCUGGCAGAUUGUUUUCAGCCUUUCCAAGAUGAGGGGCUUAAACUGGUACACAGACAAUGAGACUUCAGUCAGCGUCUUCUUCGACAGUAUGGGUCUGCAACAGCUAGUCUACCAGAUAAAUAAGAAAGGAGAAGGGAAGCUGAAGAAAAGGCGUGUCCCAGUGGAGGAAAUCAUGAUGUAUCGGGUGCUCAGUAAAACGGCUACUGAAGUCUCUGAACAAUCCCCAACCAUCAACUUCCUCACUAACUGCCCAUAUCAGAGAUUGAAGCUAUAUAAAUUGCCGAAUCUACAACAAAUGACACGGCUGGAACGCUAUCAUGCAAAGGCACCCCAUGUAAGCUCUGAAUUGGCCUUCCACAACAAAAUCUCCCUGGCCAUCUACCAGGGCCUUGUCUACCACUUGCUCUGGCUGCACUCCAAGUAUAACAAGCCCUAUGCUGAUCCUGUCCAUGACCCCACCUGGCGCUGGUGGAAGGAUAAGAAGCAACAUAAGGCUUUCUAUUUCUACAGAGCUAGUAACUUUCAGAAUGUAUACGGCAUACACAUUGACAUGGAUGGCUAUGAAAAACUUUAUAAGGAGAAGGCAACUGGGCUGCCCAAAUACAUGUACUUGGACAAGGGGGAUACAUACCAUUUCAGCUUUUUCCUCUUCAUUCACAAAGCUUCCUGGAAAAACAUCAAUAUGUUAGCAAAGUCACAUGUGCAACCAGCUAUUUUGUUGUCCCACCCUCAGUGUGUGAGAGGAUCCUUGAGAGCGCAGCCUUUUAUUAAUCGAAAUGCCAUCCUCUUUACGUUGACUAUCACGGACACAGGCAGAUGUUUCAAUCAAAGUAUCAGUGGACACAACUUGAUGAAAACAGCUGUACACUUAAAGAUAAUUGAUGCACCUUGGAAGUGCUUUCGUAGAUCCCGAUUUGGAUAUAUUAUGCAGGGCAAUCGGCAGAUCCCCACCUUCAUCGGCUGCCCCCCAGGCAAGCGGCUGGCCUUUGACAUCACUUUGACCCUUCGGCACAACAAGAAGACCAAUAAACGCUACUUUGACUGCGUGCACCCAGACCCUGAAAUGCCUUGCUUCUUAUUCAGUGAUCCUUUCCACCCUUUCUUCCUGAUCCAAGACAUGGUGACUGGUGAGUCCGGAAGCUUCAAUGGCAGCUAUGUCCUAAAGGUGAUUGGUGGAGGAACUUCCCUGGACAACAUAGUGGAUUACUCAGAGGAAGAUAUCAUCCGCUACAACAGUCCUAAUGACACCUCUGAGAGCCUCAUCUGGAUUGUCAGGGACAAACGGAAACAGUCACAGACCUUUAGGAUCCUGAAUUAUAACAGCCCUGGCAUUGAGUGGCUCUGUCUGCCGAACUCUCCUUGUCAUGAUAUCAUCCCCACGUCUAUCUAUUCUCCUGAAUUCUAUUUCAAAAUCAUGGUGAGCAACAGGGGUGUAGACACAAGUACCUACUGUGAUUAUCAGGUCACCUUCCUCCUCCACAUCCAUGGCCUCCCACUCAGUCGUCGAAGGGCCCUCUUCUUUGUAUGGAUAUCCUUGUGUGUAUGCUUGGGUGUUGUCUUUUUGUACCUCUUGUCCUUCUUCCUCUGGCCACACUUAAAGAAUGGCUGGAUGAAACUUAAGGCAAAGUUCACUGAUCUCAUCACUACAGAAUCUUUCUAUACAUACACAUCUGCCAGUACUCUGCCCUCUAGGAUCAGCUCCAAGAUAAGUACAUCAGAGAAGACUUCUGCCAAAAAAAAAGUCAAGAAAACCACAUGAGGCUGAUGGCCUCUGCAAACCUCUUCCAGCUUCUCCUUAUCUUUGGUCUCUUCUCUUCCACCCCAACCUUCUUCCCCUCUCCAUCCCUUCUGGCCUAUCUUCCUUUCAGGAUACCCCUUUCCUCUCUAACUCAACAUUUCCUGAGACUUUCCAGCCCCCCCCACCUUUUUUUCCUCCCUAGUUCCCUGCCAUCUUCCAUUCCUUCUGGCAUCCCCCUUCCCUUCCAGCCUUCCUCAUCCUCUGAAUCAAUCAAUAAAAAGCCACUUCU